CCAAAUUUGCCAGAAACAGGUCAAGUAUCUGGGGUAUCUUCUAAAAGAGGGUCAGAGAUGGCUGACUGAGGCCAGAAAAGAGACUGUGAUGGGGCAGCCUACCCCGAAGACCCCUCGACAACUAAGGGAGUUCCUAGGGACGGCAGGCUUCUGUCGCCUCUGGAUCUCUGGGUUUGCAGAAAUGGCAGCCCCCUUGUACCCUCUUACCAAAACGGGGACUCUGUUUAAUUGGGGCCCAGACCAGCAAAAGGCCUAUCAAGAAAUCAAACAGGCUCUUCUAACUGCCCCCGCCCUGGGAUUGCCAGAUUUGACUAAGCCCUUUAAACUCUUUGUCGACGAGAAGCAGGGCUACGCCAAAGGCGUCCUAACGCAAAAACUGGGACCUUGGCGUCGGCCGGUGGCCUACCUGUCCAAAAAGCUAGACCCAGUGGCAGCUGGGUGGCCCCCUUGCCUACGGAUGGUAGCAGCCAUUGCCGUUCUGACAAAAGAUGCAGGCAAUGCUCCUAGAUACGGACCGGGUUCAGUUCGGACCGGUGGUAGCCCUAAACCCGGCCACGUUGCUCCCCCUACCGGGGAAAGAGCCUCACCAUGACUGCCUCGAGAUCUUGGCCGAGACACACGGAACCAGACCGGACCUCACGGACCAGCCCCUCCCAGACGCUGACCACACCUGGUAUACAGAUGGAAGCAGCUUCCUGCAAGAGGGGCAACGUAGGGCUGGAGCAGCGGUGACCACCGAGACCGAGGUAAUCUGGGCCAAGGCAUUGCCAGCCGGGACAUCCGCCCAGCGAGCUGAACUAAUAGCACUCACCCAAGCCCUAAAGAUGGCAGAAGGUAAGAAGCUAAAUGUUUAUACUGAUAGCCGCUAUGCCUUUGCUACCGCCCAUGUCCAUGGAGAAAUAUAUAGAAGACGUGGGUUGCUGACCUCGGAAGGCAAAGAAAUCAAGAACAAAAACGAAAUCUUGGCCUUACUGAAAGCUCUCUUCCUGCCCAAGAGACUCAGUAUAAUUCACUGCCCCGGGCAUCAGAGGGGCAAUAGUGCUGAGGCUAGGGGCAACCGAAUGGCAGACCAGGCAGCCCGGGAGGCAGCCCUAAGAACUGAUAUAGAGACCUCCACCCUUCUCAUAGAGACCUCCGCUCCGUACACCUCCAGCUUUUUCCACUACACCGAGACAGAUAAAAGAGACCUGGACACUCUGGGAGCUGCCUACGAUGAGACAAAACGGUACUGGGUCUUUCAGGGCAAACCUGUGAUGCCCAGUCAAGACACCUUCGAACUUUUGGACUUUCUUCACCAACUCACCCACCUCAGUUACCAAAAAAUGAGGGCGCUUCUGGACAGAAAAGAAAGCCCCUAUUACAUGCUAAACAAAGAUAAGAUCCUCCACGAGGUGGCGGAAUCAUGCCAAGCUUGUGUCCAAGUAAACGCCAGUAAAGCUAAGGUCGGUCCCGGGGUGCGAGUAAGAGGACAUCGACCAGGCACCCAUUGGGAAAUUGACUUUACUGAAGUCAAGCCCGGACUGUACGGGUAUAAGUAUCUUCUGGUCUUUGUGGACACGUUUUCUGGGUGGGUAGAGGCCUUCCCAACCAAACACGAGACCGCCAAAGUUGUGACCAAAAAGCUUCUAAAAGAAAUAUUUCCAAGGUUUGGAAUGCCCCAGGUAUUGGGGACUGAUAAUGGGCCUGCCUUCAUCUCCCAGGUAAGUCAGUCGGUGGCCAAGUUACUGGGGAUUGAUUAGAAACUGCAUUGUGCUUACAGACCCCAGAGUUCAGGUCAGGUAAAAAGAAUGAAUAGGACAAUCAAGGAGACUUUAACCAAAUUAACGCUUGCGACUGGCGCUAGAGACUGGGUACUCCUACUUCCCUUGGCCCUCUACCGAGCCCGUAACACUCCGGGACCCCAUAGAUUAACUCCGUAUGAGAUCCUAUAUGGGGCGCCACCGCCCCUUGUCAACUUUCAUGAUCCUGAAAUGUCAAAGUUUACUAAUAGCCCCUCUCUCCAAGCCCACUUACAGGCCCUCCAAGCAGUACAACGAGAGGUCUGGAAGCCACUAGCUGCUGCCUAUCAGGACCAGCAAGACCAGCCAGUGAUACCACACCCCUUCCGUGUCGGUGACACUGUGUGGGUACGCCGGCACCAGACUAAGAACUU